AGAAUCCAAACGGGGGUAUCCAAUACAGGAUAAAAUUAGGCCAGCCAGGACAUGUAUUGCUGACAGAGCUGGGGUGGCCAAAAAAAGCCUGGCGUGCGAGCCAGCAGUGGAAGCACAAGGAAGGGAGGAAAGCAAGCAGGAUCGUCGCUGAAAUGGCCACCAAACUUGUGGAUCUGGUGUACUGGCGUAAAACGACAAAGACCGGUGUGGUGUUCACGGGGCUGGUGGUCAGUCUGGCCAGUCUGUUCCAGCUCAGCACCAUCACCGUGCUCUCCCACCUCUGUCUGGGUGUCAUGUGCGUCACCUUCACCCUCCGGCUUUACUAUAAACUCCUGGAGCUGCUGCGCUGGAACCCCGGGGUCCAUCCAUUCCAGUCGUAUCUGGAUCACGACAGCUCUCUGACAGAUAAGGACACGGUGAUGCUGGUGGAGGAGGUGGUGCUGCUCAUCGCAUUUGCCGUCACAGAGAUCAAACGGCUGCUUUUCAUCGAAAGCAUGAUCGACUCAAUUAAGUUUGUGGGGCUCCUGUAUCUGCUGUCCUAUGUCGGCGUCGUAACCAGCGGACUGACUCUGGUGAUAACUGCCGUGAUCGUCGCUUUCUCUCUUCCUCUGUUGUACAAGAAGCAGCAGAUGCGGAUACGGAGGAUGGUUAGAGCCGUCAAAGCUUUGGUGAAGAGGAUCACAGACCUGUGCCUCGGUCUGUACGCGUCAGUGAGGCCUUCUCCCGCAGCUGCACCGACACUUGCGUCCGCAACUGCCUUGAAACAGAAAGCCAAGUCAAAGUAAUUUGUUGGUAGCUUGUUGAAAGCACCCGGGAUUUGGAAUAUGUUGGAAUUGUACCUCCUGUGUUGGGCCGCUUCGAGGGGCAGCUCAUUUCCAUUUCUCCACCAUGAUGUUUGUUUAUGGGAGCAAGACUUAAUUGAUCCGGACAGCCGAAACAAAGCUGCCAUCCCCCCACGGAGGAGGAGUGGAAAUGUACGAGGAGACUUUUCUUUUUAGGAACCGAGAUGCUUUCUGUGGGAAUGCGUUUAAUAAAACUAGUUCACACAGUCA